CCGCGGGACUCACCCUAUUCGGUCGUCUUUCAUUUGCAGCAUCCCCCGCCAUGUCCUCUGCUGUCACCGAGGCGGAGGAGUCGGCGAGCAGCUCCUCGCUCACGCCGCUCAAGAUGGUCGGGCUGCUGUGCGUUUUCCUGGCGCUGUGCCUGGACGUGGGAGCCGUCAUGAGUCCCGCGUGGGUGACGGCCGACGACCACUACUACCUGUCCCUGUGGGAGUCCUGCUGGAAGCCGACGAGCAGCGACAAGUGGCAGUGCCACACCACGCUGAGCUCAGACUGGCAGGUUGCCACACUGGCACUGUUGCUAGGAGGUGGAGCCCUGGUGCUGAUGUCAUUCCUGGUGGCUUUGGUGGCCGUGUGCAUCGGCACCAGGUGGCGAUUCUACAGACCUGUCGCUUUUAUGCUUUUCGCCACAGUGGUCCUACAGGCCUGCAGCUUGGUGCUGUACCCCAUCAAGUUCAUUGAGAGCAUCAACCUGAAGAUUUACCAUGAGUUCAACUGGGGCUAUGGCCUGGCCUGGGGCGGGACCAUCUUCUCUUUCGGCGGGGGCGUCCUCUACUGCCUCAACCCCAAAAGCUACGGGGAGUACUACUAGCUCCCAUUCACCCAUCAAUGCUGGGAGAGGGUUUCAGGGGAGUUGGAGAAGCGAUGGGGGAGGUUGGGUGCAUUAGACAUGUAACUCAUUUCCCAAGAGCUCUUAAAGAUUGUUGUACACAAGUUUACACUGUCGUCUCUAAUCAGGAAAGAUGAUUCACAUGUAGCGUACCGUCCAACAUAUCCAUUCACUCAACUGGACAUAAUCCAUAUCUGAAAAGAAUUAAAAAAAAAAACUGUACCCACUUUUAUAUAUUAUCAUCAUCAUCACAAAUCCAGGGAAUACCUCUCAGCCAAUCAAUCUGUCAUCUCUUCUUUUGGCUCACAUGUCAGUCACCGUAGCAGCCCCGCAGGGUACAAGCACAGAGCUGUUAUGAUUGAUUAGUCGCCGUCUUCAACGUGAGACCGGACUGCGCGCGUCAAUUUCCUCAAGGUCCGCUAGAUUUAAAAUUUGUCAGAUUGUCACAAAACUGCGCACACGUUCAUGUUAAACUUCUGCGCGAAAUAAAUCAGCUGGGGAUGCUAAAAACGCAAUUGUGACAUAUAGAAAGCUGGUUCUGUUCGAUUUAUAAGAAACAAUGCCAGAUUUCAAUAGAUGGAAAAUUGCUGAAGUACAAAAGAAAACACAGCGAUUGACUGGCAACCAGUCCAGGGUGUACCUCGCAUCUCCCCCAAAGUUGGCUGGGAUAAGAUGAAUAGAAAAUGGAUGGAUGGAUGGAUGGAUACAAGAAAACUACAGACCAAUGUAAAUAUUGAACUGAGCUACCUUGGCAAUCCUACUGUAUUUAAUAAGCAUGCAUUUUCCAAUUGUUUCUCAUCGUGGUCGUGGGUAAGCUGGAGCCUAUCCCAGCUGACUUUAGGCCAAAAGGACAAUUUUGACUCUUCAAAGCAUACCAUUGCAAAAAUACAACAUGUCAAAGUGCUUAUAUUUUAAUGACUUUAACAUCACACAACACUAGGUAUGAAUUUUGGUUUUAUUUUACUGUAUGCAGCUGCUGGAGAUGACAGGCGUCUUCCAUAAGUCACGGCUCAUGUCACAUUGUCCUUCUCAUCACCUUCAUCAUUUUUGAGAGAUGCCACAGCUCAGAUUGUAGAGCUCAGUGGGUCAUGGACAAAGAGGGUAGAGUAUCACCGAACAGGAGUAGUCACUCCUGCUACAGCUUGUGAGACCGUUGAGCUACCGAGGAACAUCUCUUGUGUGUGCUUUGUGAUGAUGUAGAUCGACGUUGGAUAUUUCCAACAGACCGGGGGUUCAGAUGUAUAAGAAUGGUUACUCCAUUUCAUCGUAAAAACAGGACAGUGAUAUGUUUGUGUGCUAAAGAAGCUCAGCUAAUGACUGACUUACAAAACAUGUCCAUGCUACAUCAUGUCUUAAAAUAAACUUUGUUUGCAGAAUGUGGCUGUAAAAGCGCUUUCAUACAUCAGGUGUGUCUAAAGUCCAGCCCAGGGGCCAUUUGCAGCUCACUGCUUGUUUUUUUAUUGGCCCGCCUCAUAUUUUAAUCAUUACAUUUAAACACGGCCCGCAUCACAUUCCUGAAAAUUAUACAGUUAUUUACCACAUAGCAUACAGUAAAAGACUUAACAGUGAUUAUUCAGUAAUUAACUAUUUGCGCUGCAUCAUGGGAUUUUGGUUGACGUCACACAGAGACUUACUGUAUUUUGUAGCAGAAGCUGUUGGGCUCUCAGCAUGCAUUUCACCAUGAAAUCUUGAAAUGUUGCCGUAAAACAUUCAUCCUUAAUGUUCAUGAACAAUAAGGAUUAACGUAACAUGAAUAAUGUGUGCUCAUGUUACCCGUAGUUCGCUGAAUGUGUGUCUUAUUUAACUCUUGCAUUACAUUUAUUUUGUACUUUGUUUUCAUGAAACCCUGACUGUGGGUUGUGUGCAACAGAGGGACAGCUAGGUGUGUGAUGAAUGAGUUUUGCUCACUUCCUGUGUUGACUGUGGGCCUGGGUGUAGGUUGAAAGAGCAACAUGGAUUGAGAAAGAACCAAAUGAGGAAAGUGAAAUUGAAAAAAAAAAAAAAAAAGAGAGAGAAGAAGAAGAAGAGAGGCCAAGAAAGUCAGCCAAAGAGCUAUGGUCGGGAGAUGUGCUGGGAGGUGAAGUGGAGACAAUGACGAGUGAAGAAUAGAAUUAUAGUUGCAAUAGAAUGAAUCUUAGGGAAGGAAUUGAGAAGAAGAAGGAUAAUUGGGAGUCAGUAAGAGAAGGAAAGAAAACAGACUCGUUAGGGUUGUAUUGUGAGAGUGCGAGUAGUGAUGUCAAGAAAGGGGAAGUACAGGAGUUAGGAAUUUUGAAUGUAGUCGUGAGGUUUGAGAGCGAAGGAGGGCUUAAGGGCAUGGAUCCAUUAAAGCAAACAAAAGUCCUAAGGGGGCAAGUGGGAGAGCUGAAAUAUGGAAAUAUAUUAGGUGAUGGGAACUUGUUAAUAGGGUGUGGGGAAGAGUUGGUGGAAAAAAUAAAUGUGGUGGAAAUGUUAGCGUGAGUAAAGUAGUCCGAGUGGGAGCACAAAGAGGAAGUGGAUGUAAAGGGGUGAUUUCUGGCGUACCAAUAAGAAACUAUGAAACAACUGAUCGAUAACAUAAAAGUGUGAAAUAGUUUUGGGGAAAAUGCAAUACGAAUGAAUACGGGAGUACACAAAGUGGAGACAGAAACGGUCGUGACAGAAUUUGAGGAACAGGAACUUCCAGAGGUGGUAUACAUUGGAUGUAUCAGAUACAAAGUGAGGGAAUUUAUUGCAAAAUAUUUGAGAUGUUUUAAAUGUCAGGGAUUUGGUCAAGUGGCUAACAAGCGCAAUGAGAAGAUGAGAUGUGCUUGGUGUGGAGGAGAACACAAAUAUGGCAAGUGGGGAGCGGGGGUGAGAAUCAAGUGUGAUUGUGGAGGGGAUCAUAGUGCAGCAUAUUGGGGAUGUGAGAAAAUGAAAAAAGUGGCAGAGAUAGAGCAAAUAAGGGGGAAAGGAAAAAUAUCUGAUGCUGAAGCGGUAAAGAUGAUAGGAAGAGAGGAGGGCAACAAGGGGGCAGGGUGCAAUAAGUGGGAAGUGUCAGAAAAAGCAAGGUCGAUGAGGCGGUGUGAGUAGAAAAGAAAACGUUAGUGACUUUCGUGGCAGGAGUAUUCAAUGCAACAGCUGAUAUAAAAUCUAAAACAGAAAUAAUUCCUGUGAUAUUUAUAGCAGCAGUACAUCACCUAUGGAUGGAAGGUUUCAAACGGAAGGAGGUAAGGGACAAACUUCAGCGACAGAUGAGUAGUCAAGCAGUAAGAUGGAUGGGGGAUAAUAAUUGAUAGGAAGUGACAGAGAAGCGUAUGAGUGAGGAAAAGAAUAUGAGGACAAUUAUUAUUAGGAUAUAUAGUAUGGUUAUGUUUAUUUGUAUUUAUUACUAAUUUAUUUGGGAUAAUAGGUUAGGCAUGCCUGAGAUACAUUUUAUAACAGUAGGUGGCGCUAAUGCACCUUAAAUUUUGUUGUCAACCACCAUAAAAUAACACAAGAAGAAGAACAACGAAGCUAAGCUAACCGUUACAUGGUGACAUAUCGAAUGUAUUUGGUACAAGUGUGAACUCAAUUUGGCCUACUUCCGCAAGUCAAACGAGCUCCCAUUUUCCUUGUGUGACUAAUCAGCUGCAUCAAACAUUGAUGAACAAAAUAUAUAGUAACUCUGUUUAUACUGUGUAACGUCAAACGUCCAAUGAUUAGCUAAUUGUAGAGGUCAGCGACAAUUAGUGCCUUCACAGCGUCUCCCGAUUCAGGUAAGCUAAUCAACUCGUAUUGCGCAAAUAAUGAAUCGCAGCUGGUGUAUGAGUGCAAUGUAUCAAGUGGUGCAUAUCUCCAGAAUCCAAUUCAUACAUCACACCUCACACCUUUUGACUGCUUUAUUAUUAUUAUUAUUAUUAUUAUUUAACAGUAACUUGCCAGUAAGUGACUAAGUAACGUCACUCAGUGACGGUGCAAAUGGUUGUCCGUGUCAGGAGAAGCGGCACUGAGAAUGGAUGGAUAUCUCUCUCUCU